AUGGAGGGAAGCAACGAAAACGAGAUAAUUAAGGAGGCAAUUAGAGCUGAUCAUUGCGAGGGCGGGGAGGCGUUCAGUUCCGGCUGUCGCUCACCAGAUGGCGUUGUUAACUCCUUAGCCUACUUGUCCAGGAGUAAUAUUAUAGACAACAUGGAGGGAGAUGAAAGGGAAGAAGGGGACCCUCCAAGGGUUUCACGUUCAACCGCAAAAAGGGCGAGAAAGGUUUCUCUUGGUGAAAACGCAGAAGCUUCUGAGGUAGGAAUCUCAAAUGACUUCCUUCAAAAAGCAAAGAUAAUCCAAGAAAACCUCCGAAUAUACCUUACUAAAGCUGACAAAAGUAUUAAAAAUAAAAACCAAAACCACAUUAAUGGCAAAAUACAGUGGUUCAUUGACGCUAUUGAAUCGUUGGAGGAAAGGACAAAGCAGUACAAAGAUAAGAGUGAGGGCUUAUCUUUACUUGUCCAUAAAGCGGUUCAGGAAACACUUACCUCGCCUUCAGUACAUUCGAUGAUAACCAGCAUCGUAAUAGAGAAAACAGGCCGAAGGUUAUAG